UUGUCCAAUCACAGCCGCCCUUAAGGUUUGGCUGGAGAUUUCGAAUACGGUUGAUGGCCGCUGUGUGCGGAAAGUGCAGUGUGUAGACUUGUAUUGUCUGGCCGCCCUGUAACCCGGGGAAGUUCAUUCCUGGAAGAGCCGCCUGUCCUGUGCUGUACUACUACUGCCGCUGCGGACCGUCCACACGCCGUAUGGAGUGAAGAUGUGUGUACAGACGUUUUGAAGCUUGCACAGAGUGUUGAUUGCCGGAUAACUUAUUUUCUUACAGAUCAUAUACAAUCAUGAAUGACAACAGUAUGUUGGCACCUGCUGGGGGCAGGAGUCUCCUGGCCGAUUCUUCUGUAUUUGACUUCAAAAUCGCGGAGACAUCAAAAGAAAAUAUUUUUUCAAUUCCAACAGACGUUGAUGAAGACAUGCCCCAAAUAGAAACAAGAGUGAUUCUGGUUCAAGAUGCUGGAAAAAAUGAAGCGUUAUUAAAAGCUCUUGAGAUAGUUAAGCUAAUGGAAGUGCCUAUUGUAAAGAUAAGGGAAAAUUGUCGAGAGAAAUCCAGAGACUCAUUUAUAAAAAGUAUUGUAAAUAUGGAAAUCAAACUCCCGCACAUCAUAACUGAAGCAGUGGAAGAAUAUGUGGAAACCGAUGCCCCAGAGUUCGAGAAUGUGUUUGUCAUCUCAGAUUUUCAGCACCCUUCAUUCCAAUAUCUGUAUAAAGCUGACUGCAGAGUGGUUGGUCCACCAAUCAUCUUGUACUGUGCACAGAAGGGAGAGUCUUUACCGUUUACAUCUAGACCUCUGUACUGUGCCAGCAUGCUUAAUCUUGUCCUGUGCUUUACUGGCUUCAGGAAAAAGGAAGAACUGGUAAAACUUGUAACUUUAGUACAUCAUAUGGGAGGUACUAUAAGAAAAGACUUUAGCUCUAAAGUGACCCACCUUAUUGCCAACUCUACUCAUGGAGAUAAAUUUCGGGUUGCUGUCAGUCUGGGCACUCCUAUCAUGAAGGCUAACUGGAUUUUAAAAGCCUGGGAAAAAAGGAAUGAACUUGAAUUCGGUGCAGUAGACGAAGAAUUUAAAAAUGAAUUUAAGGUGCCCCCAUUUCAGGACUGCAUACUAAGUUUUCUUGGGUUUUCGGAAGAAGACAGAGUCGGCAUGGAGGAGAUGACAACAAUGCAAGGUGGGCAGUUCUUACCUGUUGGAGAUGAGAAGUGCACCCAUCUGGUGGUUGAAGAAAACUCUGUGAAAGAGUUGCCCUUUGAGCCUCCAAAGAAACUGUAUGUUGUUAAGCAAGAGUGGUUUUGGGGAAGUAUACAGAUGGAUGCCAGAGCCGGGGAAACCAUGUACCUGUUUGAAAAGCAUGACAGUCCAGCACUCAAAAAAUCAGUGUCGCUACUUUCACUGAAUACUCCCAGCAGCAAUCGUAAGAAACGCAGAUUAAAGGAUACUCUUGCCCAGAUAACUAGAGAAACUGAUAUCUCCCCAUUUCCACCUCGGAAACGCCAAUCAGCUGAGCAUUCCUUGUCUAUGGGAUCACUGCUUGACAUCUCAAACACCCCGGAGUCUGGAAAGUCACUGUUGGAUGUACCAAAAUUUUCUGGGAGGCCUUCCAAAAUCUCUACGCCAAUACCUCAAAAACAGUCUGCAAGAUGGCAAGUUGCAAUGGAACUGUAUCAGACGGAAAGCAAUUAUGUUGACAUCCUCUCUACAGUUGUGCAGCUGUUUCAUGUUCCACUAGAAAAGGAGGGUCAAGUAGGUGGGCCUAUUCUUGCCCAAGAAGAAAUAAAGACUAUUUUUGGCAGUAUACCAGAUAUUCUGGAUGUUCACACACAAAUUAAGGGAGAUUUGGAAACUCUUAUGAUGGACUGGGCAGAAACCAAAAGUAUUGGUGAUGUCAUUCUUUCAUAUUCGAAGGAGUUGGUAAAAACAUAUCCGCCAUUCGUAAAUUUCUUUGAGAUGAGCAAAGAAACCAUUAUAAAUUGUGAGAAGCUAAAGCCGAGAUUCCAUGCUUUUCUGAAGAUCAAUCAAUCAAAACCGGAAUGUGGAAGACAAACGUUGGUUGAAUUGUUAAUUCGUCCUGUUCAAAGGCUACCCAGCGUUGCCCUUCUUCUAAACGACCUUAAGAAGCACACUGCAGAUGACAACCCAGAUAAAAUUAAGCUUGAGAAGGCUAUAGAAUCUCUAAAAGAGGUGAUGACUCAUAUUAACGAAGAUAAAAGGAAAACUGAAGGGCAGAGGCAGAUCUUUGAUGUGGUUUAUGAAGUGGAUGGAUGUCCUGCAAAUCUAUUAUCCUCGCAUAGGAUGCUGGUACAGAGAGUGGAAACGAUUGCUCUUGGGGAAGAUCUCUGUGACAGAGGAGAACAAGUCACGCUCUUUCUAUUUAAUGAUUGCCUUGAGAUUGCAAGGAAAAGGCAUAAAGUCAUUGGUACAUUUAAGAGUCCUCAUGGCCAUACAAGACCUCCUGCAUCUCUUAAGCACGUUAUCUUGAUGCCACUAUCGCAGAUAAAGAAAGUCCUUGAUAUUAGGGAAACUGAUGACUGUCACAAUGCAUUUGCAUUGGUUGUGCGACCUCCAACUGAACAGACAAACCAGUUAUUUAGUUUUCAGCUGACGGUAGAAGAACCUCUGAAGGUAGAUUGGCUUAAGAUGUUGUGCCGGCACAUAGCCAACACCAUUUGUAAAGCAGAUGCUGAAAAUUUGAUUUAUACUACUGAUCCCGAUUCAUUAGAAGUGAACACAAAAGAUGUGGAUAGUACAUUAAGUCGAGCGUCGAGAGCUAUAAAGAAAACUUCCAAGAAAGUCACAAGAGCAUUUUCAUUCUCUAAGACUCCCAAGAGAGCCCUGCAGAGGGCGCUGAUGGUACAUAAUACUCCAAAUAGCAGGAGUCCUGGUCCAAGCACUGAGGGAUUUGCAAGUAGUCGCAUGCCAAGCACCACUUCUCUAGCAAAUGUCCAAUCGCCUUCUUUGGUAAACUUAUUUGAACGAAAAUACCAUACGUUCAGUCGUUCAACGACCCAUCUUAUCUGAAUGCUGACAAGGCCUUAUCCUGCAAUGACUGACAAAAGCUGCUGAUUUAAGACUUUCUGGUCCAGUAUGGUACUCUUCUGUGCAGCACUUUUUAGCAGCUUGCAAAUGACAGACGUUGGCUUUUGUAAAAAUGUUUAUAUAAAGUAAAAAUUGUUCUAUAGUGCUCUUCGGGUGUCGGUCAGAGGUUUUGUGAGUAUGUGUGAACAGGGAAAGCUGUCUUCUGCCAAUAUUAAUGUGCUUUGUCCAUGUGUAACAUGAUGCAUACAUUCUGAAAGACUGCCAUUUUCUGAAGGUCUUAAGGCGUCAAUGUGAGAUGAGGCUUCACAGUCUGAGAACAAUAACAUAUUGGGAUUUUUUUUUAUCAUUUUCUCUUAAACUGAAACUUCAGCCAGAAAAAUAUACAGUAUACAUUCACAUAUGUUAACAAUGUUACUGGACCAAGGGUUUGAACUUCUGUGCAGCCUGGUUAGUGAUUCACAAACUUUCUGCCAUAUAGCCAGAGUGAUUACAUUAUUUACUUAUUCUGAAUUUUAGAUCAGUUGUUGCAUUGUAUAUGUCUAUAGGCUGAAGCAGGGCAUAUGAAAAUUAUCUUCUUGGCAACACUUGUUGACAGGAAUAUGUGAAUCACAAGACUGGCUAAACAGAAUUCUAAAUCCAUUGGCAAGCUUAAUAGUUAAUAUGCAUCUGUUUUAAUAGUGUGGAUUCCCUGGAGUUCAACUUUAAGAACAGUCUUUUCUUGCCUCAGCAUCACCAAUUAAAUGUGUAGUUCGAGUUUAACCCCAAGAAAAAAAAAUUAAGAGAUCCUGGUGCCUUAAAGCAGAUUAAAUGGCACAGUGCUUGUGCUGUGUAAUCUGCUCCCCCUCUAAACUCUAUAAAAAAAAAAACUCCCUGAACCUUCCACUUCCUGUAUUCCCUCUGUGCUGACCACCAAGAUUGGGGCUGCUGAGCGCUGACGAUGUGGUCAGAGUGCGUCCCUUCAUCACCCGCAGCUGCUUUCCUCUCUCUCCCUCACCCCUUCCCUCCCUGCUUGUCAGCUCCAUGUCUGUCUGUCUCCGCCCCCCCAUUCCCUCUGCUUUUAGAAAUAAAAGUUUAUAUAUGGUCCCUGCCAGCCCCUCAUUAUAUUCUGGCACAGCACACUGUAUAAAUCUUUUAUAAAAACGAGUGUUGUAAAUACCAAUUUAGCACGAUCAGGCUGGUCAUGUGACACUCGGACAGUUUUCAGGGUUACUGCAGAAGGGGCUGAGUGGCUAUGUGAUCUCCCCAGCUAACAAGGGGAGAUCUGGAUGACUCCUGCAGAAGCCAUAUAUUGGAUGUAUACAGCGGCCAUGAGUCAUGUGACCGGCCUGAAGCUUGCCCUAAAUCGGUAUUUACAAUGCUCGUUUUAUGAGAAAAAAAAUACUUUCUACAGUGUGCUAUGCCAGGCUCUAAUAGAGGGGCUGGCAUAGCUUUAUACGUUUUGGGUUCACAAAACACUUUUUGCAAAUGUAACUUUCCAGUGUAGGUCUGAAUGUGACUGUACAUGAUUGACGCAUAGAGGCAGCAGACUAUGAAAGGUGAUAUUCAUUACUUAUGUGGCAUAUAAAAUACUAUGGCUUUGACUUUGUAAGAACUAGUUCAGCUGUUUUGUACAUGAAGUAAUGGAUAAUAAGCUACUGGGUCCUGGUUAAUCUGCCUGGGCUGCACAUUAGAUAUGCUAACCAUAUACUUGGGUUGAUGCUGAUAAUAUACAUAUGGGAUUUUUUGUGCUUUCGUCCUUGCUUCUGACUUCUAUUCAUAGUAUUGUUGUCUUUCUCAGACAUAUACAGUGUUCAUUAGAAACCUUGGUUUGCACUUAAACUAUUCAGAUAUAAUGGACCUCUGUGACCGUCCUUAUGUUAGAGACUGGUGUCUAGCUGGCCAAUGUUUUGUUUAGUCUUUUCUGUUAAUAUUCAUUGAAGCACAUCUUGCCUUUUUGCGUUGGGACUCCUAGAUUGAAUGCUAUGUUAAUUUGCCACCCCACAUUGAUGUACGAUGGUCUUUAAACACAAAGCUGACUGUUCACUAAUAAGCAGACACAGGGGACAAGAGACCCUUGUGUGUUAGUGUGUACUGAAAGCAAAAGCACAUGCCACAUUUUUAGGUGUCAGGUUCCUUUUUAAGGCUCUGUUUACAUCUAGGUUCCCCCGGAUCACAGAAUCACCGCGGUUUUGCCUGCGUACCCGAAUCACGGCAAAUUGCAGGUCGCCCUGGUGAUUCUGCCACUACCACUUGGUGCGAUUGUCGCCCAAAGAAUCGCGGUAAACGUGCAAACAAAAUCGCGAUACACCUGUCGCCCAAAAGAAGUUCUGGAACUUUUUUUGGGCGACAGGCGUACCACAAUUCUGUUUGUGCAAUUUUACCGCGUUUCGUCGAGGUAACAAUUAUGACAAAAUUGCACCACAAUUUGGGGUGCCAUUGAAAGUGACAGGUGAUUGUAAGGGCGUCUUGGGAUUUGCGGUGGUUCAGGAUUGCGUGCAGAAUCGCAUAGAUUAUCCUUGCAAUCCGGGCUGCCUAGAUGUGACCAGAAAGCUCUGCUGCUGCACUGGACAAGGUUUGUUUUUAAGCACUACAUAUGUCUUCAAUGAAAUGUGGCAUUCUUUGUGACUGCUCUGUCAGCCAUCUUUUUUUAAAAUCAUUUUUAUACAAAUCAUCUCUAAAGCUAGAAAAUAAGUUUUGAAAUGCUGACAGUUUGUUCCAAAAAAAUAUGAGAAACAUUUUCUUUAUGUAUAUAUGAUCAUGAUAUGAGGCAAAAGGUAGUUGACCUCCUAAAGCAUUUUCAGUUUUAAUAAUACACGUAUUUAUUUAUAUUUUCCAUUUAUACAAGACAAUUGUGAUCUGAUUCUGUUUAACACUACAUUCCCUUUGUUUUGUUUUUUUGUGUGUAUUUUUCUUUUUUGGAAUGCGAAUUGUCGGCAUAUUCGCUGCUAAUCAACCUCUAUUAAAACCUAAUGCAGCCAAAAAACGCCUGCUAGCUAUAUUUUAAAACGGUUUGUAUUCAUAGGAACUGUAUCUUGUAUAUAUAAAUAAACUUGUAAAGCUGUA